AUGUUCUACGCUCACUAUGGAGAUCUCGUCGCUAACCUCCUUCUGGGUUUCACUCUUCUCUGGUUGCCUCUGACAUUAGCGGCUGUUUCAAGGGCUUUCUUUCUGAGAUACAGGUUCACCAAUUUGAGAGUCACAAUUAUUUCAGGUCUACUGGUCCAAGACCGGAGUGAUUUUUCUUACAAAGUGAUCAAGGAUGUUAAAGUGGUGCCACGUUUUAUAGGAGAAUGGGGUGAUAUUGUUAUUACUCUGAAAGAUGGGACGAAGGUGCAGAGUGUACCCAAAUUUAGGGAAAUUGUCGAUUACGGCCUCUCCAUGGCUGAUAAAUCUCCGGUUUCGGAGGUGAAGGAAGCUACAAUUAAAGGAUUCUGA